AUGUUUCUGAACCCGGAAGCUCCAGACCGCCGUGACAUUGGGAGACAAGACGUUUCCAGCAAUUCAGGGAAGUUGGUCCAACUGGCAGAUCUCAAGUUGCAAACUGAGGAUCAGGUUCGGGCCCAUAUCAGUGAGUUGCUGAUCAAGGCAAAGGUCGAUUUCCAAGAGCAACUACAACCCUUCAGCCCUAUCGAAAGACGCCUGGAGCAGCUCAAGAUCGAGGUAUCUCGACAUCAGACGAUGGCAGAGCGGGCUCGAGAGGAACUAGGCGGGCUCCUGCGGGCGGAAAUGCAAACCGUGGCCAUGGAAGCGGCGUCCAGGCAAAAGAUUCUGGUGGACCAAGAGUUGCGCAGUUUGUUGGACCUUCAACAGCGUCAGUUCACAGAGGCUUUGGAGGCGGCCGCCAGCCGAGCCUCCUGUGAGUUGAAGGAGCUAUCGGCAGGGCAUGCCACUGAGGUGCGCGCACUGGCGUUGCGCUUGACAGAUGCUGAACGCUUCUCUCAGCAGGUGGGUUUUGCGGUCCGGGAGAUGCAGAAGCUGCGCGUCAAGGCGUUGGAGAACGGCAGCAAGAAAGCCGCUGGCGACAUCGCUUCCGUUGCCGCUUCCGGCGAGACGCUGCGACAGUUGCAGCAGGAGAUGCACAGCUUCGCGCGCUAUACGGAAGCCAAGACCAAGGAACUUUACCACGUACUCACGGAGCUCAAGGCCACCAGUGGUGACCAUGCCAAGCAACUCAACGACUUGACGCAGGUCAUGCAUCAGCGACACGCUGCACUGCUGCUGGAGACAAGCAAGGCUGAGCGUGCGUGCGAGGUGGAAGAUUCAUCUCCCCAGUGGAUGGAAGCGGUGAAAGAAAUGGAGACCUUGACGGAGAUCGUGGGAAGUUUGGAGCGCGAAGGUCCAAGCAGUCCGAGCGCCAGCCUCGCGGCCGUGCGCCGGGAGUUGCAGGCGGAAUUGCAACAGGUUUGGCAAGCCUUGAGCGAACUGAAAACACAGGGGCUUCGAGUGCCAGGUCAAGGGACAAAGCCAUCCAAGGCCAAGAUGACGCCAAAGGCGCAUCCAGAGGCAUCGAAACAGAGGAGUCAAAAGUCGGCAGAGUCUGACAGUUAUAGCGAGUCCUACACCAGUGAGGAGAGCAAAGACCAGAAGUGAGUGACUUUCUGAACAAAGAAGUCCCGUUGUGUCCGCAGAUCAGUGAAGCCAGCUCUCGUUCAUUC